AUGGCCACGUUUGCCGCUCACGUCCUGAAGGGCCUGCCACCAGAGUACGGGUUUCUUCGCCGCAAGCUCGACAUUUCUAGGCCCGACAUGACGGUGGAACGUGUGUGCAGCGAGGUGUUGAUGGAGGAGCAGACUCUCUCCAUCGAACAGAGCUACAAGCAGAUCACCAGUGAUGCAUCUGCUUUCUCGGGCGCUGUCAACACGAUCGUGGCUACAACGGGGGUCAACGGGAAGGAGGGAAAAGGAGGGAAGGAGCAGACGGACAAGAAGAAGGAUGGCAAGCGGGAGAAGAAGCGAGGCCCCUUCAAGGGGCGCUGCUACAACUGCAAUGAGGAGGGGCACAUGGCUGCCAAGUGCCCCAACAAGAAGAAGGAUGCAACGCCCGCAGCAGCUGCGAACGUUGCUGAAGGAGACGGGAAGGGCGUGGCGCUCACCGUCGCGUGCUCAGCUGCAAAGCUACUGGUCAAUGACAAGGACCUGUGGUUCCUUAACUCGGGAUGCUCCCAACACAUGUCCGGCCGCAAGGAGUGGUUCACGGUGAUCCGUGAUCCAUCUGCAACGAAAACCGUCAAAGGGUUUGAUGAUUCAAUGCAAGAAGUCGCCGGUGUUGGUGAGGUUUUGCUGGAGGGCACUAACGGCUUGCUCGUGACUCUGCAUGAUGUCCUCUUUGUGCCAGGAAUGAAGGCCAACUUGGUCUCCCCUGGGCAGCUCUUGGACAACGGAGCAAAGCUGCAAACCAAGGAAGGAGUCACUCGCAUCAUCGCAUCAGGAGGUCAAGUGGCUGCAACGGCACGAUACCGCCAUCGCCUUCACUGCCUUGACCUGAAACCGGGGCCAGCAAGGAACGGUGCAACGGCUGCAGCAUGCAACGGCACGACGGCUGCAGCGGCAUGCAACGAUAUGGCGGCUGGAGCUGCGAGCAACGGCACAGGGGCUGCAUCGGCAUGCAACGGCACGGCGAAGGAGACUGCUGCUGUGGCGACAAGCAAGCCGGAAACUAAGGAUGAAGUGGCCAGCCUCAAGACGUAUGCGGUGAAGCGGACAGCCACGAGCGGUGGCGUGUUCGGUAUGGACCUGGAGAAAGGAGCCCCACGACCCCGAGCAGAAUCUACCGCCACCACGUACUGUCAUCGUGGUCCCGGUGCCGUCCGUGCAUGGGGGAGAGCAACCCCUUGA